CUUCAUUGUGAUGUUUAGUUAUUGUGAUUAUUGGUUUGAUACGUGGGUCACCGACUGUAUCACCAACUCAUCAACAUUCACGCGCGGAGGAGGAUCUUUCACUUUCUUGACACAUUUCUUGUCGGAUUUGCUCUCGAUUCAAGUCAUACUCCGACAAAUAUCAAGCACACCGAGACCAAGAGAACAGUUGAGAACAUUUGAGUGAUUCAACUCUACAGCUUAACCAAGGUCUCAUUGAUGUAAUUAAAGAAAACAAGCUCCAGACCAACAUUGGAUUGUAGUAGUUGCAGGUGCGACCUAUUUCUCCAAUUGUGUACAGCUAUUUAUUGAGGGGAAAAAAACAGUGAAAUACUGGUCCUUCGUUGAACCAAAGAGUGCGCUACAAAAACAUCCAGCUAUGCCGGCCAAAAUUCACCGCCCGUACCGGCAGACUGGUACCUUGCUCACGCUGUUAAUACUCAUGCUGUGCUCCAGUAUGCAAAUGAGCAUAGUCCAGGGCGAAGUUGAACCUAAGGAACCAUACAACGUGCAAAGGCUGGUGCGGCAGAAUGACGAGGACAAGGUUGAGAACGGGGAAGAGGUUGUCGGGAACGCUCCAGGUGAUGGAAAUAAGGAGAUCCUGCAGGAAAAUGCUGAUAAGAAUUCAGAUGAAGUCAAGUUACCAGACCCGCAGAUGCCUGCGGCCGUUCCGGUUAACAAAGGAGUCAACCUGGGUUUCGUCCAUGCGUUUGUGGCAUCGCUGUCGGUCAUCAUAGUCAGCGAGCUGGGGGACAAGACCUUCUUCAUUGCUGCCAUUAUGGCCAUGAGGCACGCACGAAUCACGGUUUUCGUUGGGGCGCUGGGUGCUCUUGCUGUUAUGACAGUUUUAUCAGCCCUUCUCGGCUAUGCCACUACCGUCAUCCCACGCUGGUUCACCUACUACGUGUCCACAUUCCUCUUUGCGUUGUUUGGGCUGCGGAUGCUGCGGGAGGGAUGGACCAUGUCUGCUGAUGAAGGGCAGGAGGAACUGGAGGAAGUCCAAGCUGAUCUCAAAAGACGCGAUGAAGAGAUGGAAAAAGCCACCGCAGCCACAGUCACACAAGACCCUGAGUCAGGUAUAAUACGCGGUGGCAAGCCACGGAAGAUAUUCGGGUUGUUCUCGCCGAUAUUUCUGCAGGCCUUCACCUUGACAUUUUUGGCGGAGUGGGGCGACCGAUCGCAAAUCACCACCAUCAUUUUAGCAGCUAGAGAGGACGUAAUUGGUGUUACUAUUGGCGGGACCUUAGGGCAUGCGUUAUGCACGGCGCUGGCAGUGGUAGGUGGUCGAAUGAUAGCCCAAAGAAUAUCAGCGAGAACAGUCACUCUUGUUGGAGGUGUUGUCUUCUUAGUCUUUGCCCUAUCAGCAUUAUUCAUCAGCCCUGAUUGAAGAAAUGUUUAGUGUCCAAGAAAUCAACAAAAACGUCCGCUACAGUAGAACGUCACUAAACAUCCAUCAUAUUCACAAAAAGUACCUAGUGACCCAUGCCCACUGCAACAAUUUAAAAUAAUGUCUGGUACACUGACUUUUGCAUGUAGUUAAUUGCACUCUAUAUGUGAAUGCUCCAGACUAAAAGGCACUGUUACUAGUUCGCUCGUACCCCCCGCCCUGCAAACAGGACGCUGGGAUACUCUGAUGAGCUUCACAGAAUCUUGUGAAGGAAGUGGCCAAUGACCUAUGUAUAAAGCAUCUGGCUGCAGCUGUUCAAGAU